GAGUUAGUGUUAGUAGGCUCUUCCGAAUGGCUCCAGUUAUGGCUGUAAUGUUUUGUCGCAUUUUGCAGCGGACGUUAACAGAUGUUCUCCCCGGUUUGCGGUGAGCUAAGCUAACCAGGGCGGGAUGAGACUGCAUCACUGGGUGGUUUUCGCUCACUAACCAGUGCUGCUGAUGACUGUCUGUUUCUUCCCUUUGCUUUGCAGUGGGAGGCGCUAUGGCCGGUAAGGUGAAGUGGGUGACAGAUAUUGAGAAGUCGGUGCUCAUCAACAAUUUUGAGAAGAGAGAAUGGAUUCAAGUUACAGAAAACGAUGACUGGAAUUUCUACUGGAUGAGUAUCCAGACCAUCAGGAACGUGUUCAGCGUGGACACCGGCUACCGCCUGUCGGAUGACCAAAUGGUUAACCACUUCCCCAACCACUACGAGCUGACCAGGAAGGACCUGAUGAUCAAGAACAUCAAACGUUAUCGCAAGGAGUUGGAGAAGGAAAGCAGCCCACUGGCAGAGAAGGAUGAGAACGGAAAAUACAUUUAUCUAGAUUUCGUCCCCGUGACGUUUAUGCUCCCUGCUGAUUAUAAUCUGUUUGUUGAGGAGUUUCGAAAAAACCCAUCCAGCACCUGGAUCAUGAAACCCUGUGGGAAGGCCCAAGGCAAAGGCAUCUUCCUCAUCAACAAACUGUCCCAAAUCAAAAAAUGGUCCAGAGACAGCCGCACCUCCACGUUUGUAGCAGCCGCUAGUGGUAAGGAGGCCUAUGUUAUUUCAUUGUACAUUGACAAUCCCUUGCUGAUAGGAGGGAAGAAGUUUGACCUGCGUCUCUACGUUCUGGUCACCACAUACCGACCGCUCAAAUGCUACAUGUACAAGCUGGGUUUUUGUAGGUUCUGCACGGUGAAGUACACACCCAGCACCAGUGAGCUGGACAACAUGUUUGUUCACCUCACCAAUGUGGCCAUCCAAAAACAUGGGGAUGACUACAACCACAUUCAUGGCGGAAAGUGGACAGUCAGUAACCUUCGUUUGUACCUUGAGAGCACCAGAGGAAAGGAGGUGACCAAUCGCCUCUUUGAUCAGAUCCACUGGAUUGUCGUGCAGUCCCUGAAGGCCGUCGCUCCUGUCAUGAACAAUGACAAGCACUGUUUUGAGUGUUAUGGGUAUGACAUCAUCAUCGAUGACAAGCUGAAGCCGUGGCUUAUUGAGGUCAAUGCCUCACCCUCGCUGACCUCCAGCACAGCCAAUGACCGUAUCCUGAAGUACAACCUUAUCAACGACACCCUCAACAUUGUCACGCCAAAUGGGGAUAUUCCAGACUGCCGCUGGAAUCGCACCCCACCCGGGGAUGUUCUUGGCAACUAUCAAGUCCUGUACGACGAAGAGCAGGCACAGAGCGAAAAUGCUGAGCGAGAGUUGCGAAGUCGUUCGGGACAGCCCACAGGACCAAAAGCCGCCAAAGGGAGUGGAGGCGUCCGUGCAGCUGCUGUCACCUGGAAGUGAGGUGAUCUUAAAGGAAACCUGCACAUUGUUCCAUUUUCACUGGGACAAACGUUGAAAGGAGCC